AUGAUCGACGAAUUUUUGUGGUUUAAAGGGGUGAGAGCUGGAAGGUACAUCACUUUCGAAGAACUGGGAGAGUCUGCUCCCGAGAAAGAUGAUUUACAUGCCUCGAGAAUUCAAAGUGAAAGUCAUUACGCAUUGCAGGUGACGGAUACCUCAGACGAGGAUUAUCAAGUACAAAAAGUUCAAUUUCUUUGGACGGCACACACAAGUUCAGAGCGGCAGCCAUCAGCAUGA